AUGCUACUAGGCACCUACUUUGACAUCCCUCAGCAUCUGAACGCAGCUACCCGCGUCCUUGCGUUGCGGCUCUUCAAGCAGACCCCGACCAUCCGGAGUACCUUUGAGAGGUUGGCUGUCGAAAGCGUGAUGUACCAGAUCUUCCUGGCUUCCACUGGCCUGUGGUCAGACGAGGAGAUAAAUCACAGACUGGGCUUCGAUUUUGAUCUCGACUUCUGGCUUCGAGCUGAAGGUUUGCUCGACCAAUCGAGAGUUUUCCCGGGCCAGAGCAACAGCACGAAUAGUCCCGUACUUGGCGUACCGUUCACUCUGUUCCGACUUGCUCUCAUACUGAAACAGAUGUACCAGGGCGCGAUAUCGUAUGAUCAAGGAACUUUGAAUGAGCUACGCAGUGAGAUUGAAGUCUGGGAAGGUCUAGUGCUGCGUGAACAGGAGACAGACGAACUCGCGGAGAACGAAAAGCGGAAUCACAAACACAGCUUUUACAAGAGCGCAAGCUACCUAUUCAUCCUGAUAGCAUCCCUGCUAUCAGAACAGCUAGCUAAUCCACCCGUUAUUCAGGACGGGCAUACGUACGAUUCGGCUGAAUCAGUGGAAUCUCCCUCACGACCACCGCUUGCUGCUGAUCCCGACAAGUGGCAGAUAAAGAAGGCUGCACAGAUAUUGGAAAGCUACGAAAAUGAUAACGAGUGGGCUUCGUGCUUCAUUGGAAACUGGCCCGUAUAUUCAAUUGGUUUCUUCAUGGCUCGACCCGGACACGUACAGCUCACGCGCAAUGAGCUGCGGCGCAGGUGGGAUCUGACAAAGUUCAACCAAGUUGCGAGAUUCUGCAAUGAUCUGGAAAAGACGUGGGUCCAGCGAGGACUGCUGAACAAGGACGAAAUUAAACCGUUAGGAAGGUGUUUCCAAUCAGGCUUAUACGCGCGAAAGGCCAUCUGA